AUUCUGUUUUGUGAAGUGAAAUAAAUAGUAAAUAAAUAAUGUAGAUAGUUAUUAACUUGUGCCUUUGAUGGAAUGUGUGCUCCUUUCCUAUUGUAUUGUGAAAGUGAUAUUACUCAUUGGAUCUAUUAAAAAUUCAGUAAUGAAUUUCAGAGGUUCUAAGUUCCUUGCAGUAUUCUGUGGGUGUAUCUUAGUAACUCUGAAACUUGAGUCCGAAAGAUAAUCUGAGCUGAUGAAUACAUAGUUACCAGGAAGCACCAUAGUGAAAUUAUAGUUUUUUUGCAGUGAAAACUCUAUUGCUUAAAUAUGUCAAAUCAACGAGCUUCAAAUGUCAGAAGCAUUCAGGCCAAUAUCAACAUCCCAAUGGGAGCGCUUUUACCUGGUGCUGGUCAACCUCCUAAAAGAAAAGAAUCUACUGAACCUGAAGAGAGUCUUCCAACUCCACCUGAAGAAGAAAAGAAAAAGACUCUCCCAGGAGCCAAGAAGUUACCAGGACCAGCAGUUAAUCUCUCUGAAAUCCAGAAUGCAAAGAGUGAACUGAAAUUUGUUCCAAGAUUUGAAUAAUAAAAGAAAUGAAGUCAUAUGUAGAAUAUACCACUAGUUGUGUGCUGAACCAAAUGAAAAUUACUCACAUGCAUAGGAUUGCUUCCGAAUAUGAAUGAGAAACUGAAACCCCACAUUAGAAAUGGUUUAUUUCUAUACAAUAUAAAUAAUAUGUCUGUGUGGAUUAACUAAAGCUGCUUCAGGAGGUUAUAUACUUCAUUAAAAUAAAUAUUUUCAUUUUCAAAAUAAACUUUGACAUAAGCAGUAUGAGUUGCAAAGAAA